AUGUCGAAGACCGCACAACGGAGAUUGCUCAAGGAGUACCAGCAACUGACCAAGGACUCGCCACCGGGCAUCCUAGCAGCCCCCAAAUCGGAGGACAACCUGUUCCUGUGGGACUGUCUGAUCCAGGGCCCUCCAGACACGCCCUACGAGGGGGGUGUGUUCAACGCCAAGCUGGAAUUCCCCAAGGACUAUCCGCUUUCGCCACCCAAGCUCACCUUCACCCCAAGCAUCCUGCAUCCCAACAUCUACCACAACGGCGAAGUGUGUAUUUCGAUCCUGCAUUCGCCAGGAGACGAUCCCAACAUGUACGAGCUAGCAGAAGAGAGAUGGUCGCCCGUUCAGAGCGUCGAGAAGAUCUUGCUGAGCGUGAUGAGCAUGCUCAGCGAGCCCAACAUCGAGAGCGGCGCCAACGUCGACGCCUGCAUCCUCUGGAGAGACAACAGGCCCGAGUUCGAGAAACGCGUCAAGAGCUCGAUACUCAAGUCGUUGGGCUUCUGA